CAAAUUAAACCAUUAUGGAAUAUAGAAAUUCUACAUACGUUUUAUUAGUAAAUAUCGGAGUGUUUAUUUUUAUUAUGAAUUUUCAUGGUGUUACAUCAAAAUAUGAUGUGCAGUUUUUAAAUAAUUACGUGACAGUUAAUCCUAUACAACUCUGGAGAUUUUUAGAUACAAAGGAAGAAGAGAUUACUGAAAGAUUUUCCGAAACUAUUCAGGAAUUAACCGUUGAUAGAAUUAAAUGUUUGAGAUAUUGUAUUGGCAGUAACACAAUGAUGAAUCAAAGGCCUCGUACUCUUGAUUUAAAUUGGAAUUUGGAAGAAAAAAAGAGAUUUGAUAUCGGGUCAACUUCGAUCUUUGAUAAAGAAUCCAGUGAAAUUCAUCAAGGAAAAUUGUUUAAAUCAAAUAAUUCCCAGAAUCUACAAAAUGAAUGUAUGUUUUCAAUCAUUGCUAAGUGCGAAAUUCCGCAUGGACUUGCAGAUAAUGUUAGUAAUAUAGAAAAAAACUUUAUAAAUAGCUUGCAGCCUAAUUUCGAUAUUUUCAAAGACUCUGAUGACAAUGGUCGUUCAUCACUAAACUAUGUAAAUGAAAAGCUUGUCGACAAAACUAACCUCAUGAAUGAAACUGAAAUAGAUUUUCAUGUUCAACGACAUCAGGUGGAAAUAAAUGCCGUUGUUCUUGGAAAUAUUUCCAAGAUUGAUUUGAAAAUGCCUUUCGCUACGACGCAAAAGCCACCACAACUGACACUUGCGACAACGCGCAUGCCCGACGGAGUUUCUGGAUUGCAAUUAAAAGUUCUCAACCCUCCGUUCGGUGGGUGGCGUAUUGGAUUGUUUGGGGCAAGCAAUGAGACUUACCGAGUUGUUGUGACAUCAUUUAAAAAUGCUGAAUUUUCUGAGUCGGAGCAACAAGAUUACUUCAAGGGUGAUGACAUGUUUAUGCAUAUUUUUAAAGUAGACGACACAAAUUUAAUUUCUCAACAGAUAGAAUCCUUUAAUAAAAAUAACAAAAGAAUCAAUUGGUUUAAUAACAGAAUCAUAAACCGCAAAUUUGCAUCCAAAAGAUCAGAUGAAUAUAUAUUAGAUGAUCAGAUUGAACCAAUAUCAUUUAAGUUUCCUGAAACAAAUGAUGAUAAAAUUAUGAAUAUCAGUAAUGGAACUAUGCAAUUCAAUACAGCUCAUACGGAAAACAGAAUGAUAGAUAGAGGAUCUUUUGAAAUUGAUGAUUUGAACAGAUCUUCCAAUGACGAAUUACCCAUAAAGAAACACCUUAUUAUAGACAUAAAUCCGAAUACAAAUCUUAUUGCUAGUCCAGGAACAAAUCAUUUAGUAACUUUUGAUAUAACAAAUAAUCAUGUUUUGACAGUUAGACAUUAUUUUACACCACGGAGCUCUCCUUUAAGAAUCGUAGCUACCAUACCACCAUAUAGAUUUGUAGAAAUAGGUCCAAGUCAAACAAUCAGUGUGGUGGUGGUGGUUCAAAUACCACCCACUAUUACAGAUUCUGUGUUGAAUACAGUAACAUUACAAGUUCAAGGCAUAGAAAAUCUAGAAAAAUCUGCUGAACUUCAUGUUAGAACAUCAGGAAGUAGGUUAUUUGAUGAUAUGAGGCCAACGAUAUAUUACUAUUUUAAUAAUAAUUGUGCAGGUAGAAAUAGUGCAGAAAAGUGUUUAAAAAGUUACUGGAGUAUGGAUAUUACAAUUCAAGAUUCCGAUUCAGGGUUAAAAAAUGUUAUGUCAGUUCCUAAAGGCAUUUAUCCACGAUAUCAAUAUGUCAGUGGUACUUCCAAUCCUGUCCAAUUUUAUUAUUCAAAUAAUUGUUGUAAUCGUGCAGUAGAAAUAACGGCUACAGAUUUAGCAGGAAAUGUCUUCUCAAAAAAAAUUGAUGUCAAUGAAUGGAACAAUCUUAUGGACGGUGAGAUUGCAGCAAUUACCGUGGGAGUAUUGUUUGUCAUUCUAUUAACUAUUUUACUUAUUUUAUUAAUUUUAUAUUGUUCUUAUCAAAGAAAAAGUCACGAUUUAACAUACAGUCAACGCUAUGGAUCAAGAACUGCACCACGUAGCGAAUAAAAUAAAAUUAUACAAAAAUA